AUUAUUAUUGUCACGUCAAAAAAGCGCUGCGCCGCACCGGCUGAUCGUGUUUUCCAUGGAAAAUUGAGGAAACACAGUUCUGACAGCUUGCAGAUGGAGAAUAGACUGAAGCCGGAGAGGAUUCAUAUCAAGUGCAAGUUGGUCCAAACUCAUCACCCUGAUCGUUCCGCGUGACUGCCCGUCGUAAGCUCACUGCCGCCAUGAGAGAGAAGAAACUCUUCACCCCAGGCCCUCUGGGUGUCAGCCUGAGCACCAAGCAGGCCAUGCUGGUGGACCUGGGCUCCAGGGACUUGGAAUUCAUUCAGACGGUCAAGUCCAUCCGAUCCAGGCUUGUGGAGUUAGCUGGUGUUUCAUCUGAUGACUACACCUGUGUGCCCGUGCAAGGGAGUGGUACCUUUGCUAUUGAGGCCGUUUUCACCUCUACAAUCCCAAGAACAAAUGGCAAAGUUCUCGUUCUAGAGAACGGUGCCUACGGCCGGCGUUUUGGCCAGAUUCUCAAGGUGCUUGGAGUAGACUUCAAGAUCUUAACCUUCCUGGAGAAUGAGAAGGUCGAUGUGGGUUUGGUGGAAGAGACACUACGAGGGACCCAGGGCUGGACCAACGUGGCCGUGGUGCACUGUGAGACCAGCUCGGGGGUUAUCAACCCCAUCGGAGAGAUAGGUCGACUAGUCAAGGAAUGCGUACCAGAUGCCAGCUACUUUGUAGAUGCCAUGAGUAGCUUUGGUGCUGUGGACAUUGACUUCACGGCCAGCAAGAUUGACUUCCUAGUCAGCUCAGCCAACAAAUGCCUUGAAGGUGUGCCCGGAUUCUCCUACGCCAUCUGCAGGAAAGACAAACUCACUGGGUGCAAAGGCUGGUCAAGGAGUCUAUCUCUAGACUUGGUCAGUCAGUGGGAGACACUGGAGCAAACCGGUCAGUUCCGGUUCACCCCGCCCACCCAUUGCAUGCUAGCCUUCAAACAGGCGCUGACUGAAUUGGAGGAAGAGGGAGGCAUAUCUGAGCGAAGAAAAAGAUAUAAGGAGAACAAUCGCAUCAUUUGCGAAGGAAUGAAGGCAUUUGGUUUUAAGACAUUGUUGGAUGACACACAUGACGGCUUCAUUAUAACGUCAUUCCACUACCCACAGCAUGACAAUUUCAACUUCAAAGAUUUCUACACAAGACUACAAGAAAAAGAUCAGGUGAUCUACCCGGGCAAAGUGACUAAGACCGACUGUUUCCGUAUCGGCAACAUCGGCCACGUCUUCCCCCGAGACAUGCGAUAUCUCUUGCAGUGUGUGCAGGAAGUCUGCAGUGAUAUGGGAAUCCCACUCCCACUGAAGGAAUAAACAGCCCACCAAGUAUCAGCUAGAGACAACAUGAGUAGGUUUGCUGAAGAGAGCCCACUGUCUUUCGUGAUCAAAUGCUUUUGAUACCAGUAGGCUGACUAUGUCCCAGAUGUCAGCUGGACAUCAAUGGGCAGUGAUUUAAUUCGGGCGACUCACAAUGCAGUGCGCCACCGAGACUUUGCCAGUUAAAUUUUGCCAGUGCAUUGUGGGAGAUAGUCGACAAAAUCGCAGUGCGGGACAUCUCAAAUUGUUAGUUUUUCCUGUCUAUAGUUUCGUAAGCGUAUAAUUCGAGUAUCUGUUUGCCCUUUUCUUUUCUUUUUAUCAAUUUGGUGUUUUUUUGUAAGGCGACAGAAUGCUAU